AAAGGGGUAAAUUGAUCCUCUUUUUGUAAUCAGUCAGUUUUCUGAAUCACAGUUCUUGGGAAACAUGGCUGCUGAGAGAUCUGGGAUUGCCGAAGAUGACACUGAAAUCCUGGAUGGUUGUGUUGGUCGCAUUGCGGCCAAGCUUGAGCUCAGGGAACCAUGCUCUAGUGUUAAAAACAGUUUUUUUUUUUUGAUUGGUUAUAGCAUGAUUGCAGAUGCUGAGGAAAAGGGCCUUAUCACCCCUGGCAAGAGUGUCCUCAUUGAACCUACCAGUGGAAACGCUGGAAUUGGAUUAGCGUUUAUGGUUGCAGCCAAGGGUUACAGGCUUAUUAUCAUAAUGCCAGCUUCGAUGAGUCUUGAAAGAAGAAUCAUUCUCAGAGCUUUAGGAGCUGAGUUUGUUCUUACGGAUCCAGCUAAGGGCAUGAAGGGUGCUGUGCAGAAGGCUGAGGAGAUUUUAGCUAAGACACCUGAUGCAUACAUGCUCCAGCAGUUUGAAAAUCCUGCCAAUCCAAAGAUACAUUAUGAGACAACUGGACCAGAGGUAUGGAAAGGCACAGAUGGAGAAAUUGAUGCAUUUGUUUCUGGGAUAGGUACUGGUUGUACCAUAACAGGUGCAGGCAAAUAUCUUAGAGAGCAGAACCCCAAUAUCAAGCUAUAUGGAGUGGAACCAGUUGAAAGUCCUGUUCUCUCUGGAGGCAAAGCCUGCCUUCUUAAGCAUAUAGGUCCACAUAAGAUCCAAGGAAUUUGUGCUGGUUCUAUCCCUGGUGUUUUGGAAGUCAGUCUUAUUGAUGAAGUUGUUCAGAUAUCAAGUGAUGAAGCAAUUGAAACUGCAAAGCUUCUUGCACUGAAGGAAGGCUUGCUUGUGGGAAUAUCAUCUGGUGCUGCUGCAGCAGCUGCUAUUAAAAUUGCUAAGAGACCUGAAAAUGCUGGAAAACUCAUUGUUGUGAUUUUCCCAAGCUUUGGAGAAAGGUAUCUGUCGUCAGUGCUCUUUGAAUCGGUCAGGAAAGAGGCCGAAAACAUGACCUUUGAGCCAUGAGCUAAUUCUCUUCUUUGCAACCAGUUCUGGUUUUUUAGCCAACAUGGUUUAAAUCUGAGAAUGAAUAAAUUUAUUGAGUUACUUUGAUCCGUAGCUCAAGUUCGGAAUUUAACUAUAUGAUAGCCAUUCUGGUACUGAAAAUGAACCAUUUACAAAUUUCAAAGGAUCUGUACUUUUUGUGUCAAUGUGUGCAAAUCAAUACCCCAAUUUUCA